AUGGCUGGUUCCCCGCCCAAACCAAAAUCUCAACACAGUCAUUCUUCGCCACCCGGAGGAGAACCUCUAUCUAAAUCUUAUACUUCAUCUAGAGUCGUACCCAAUGUCAAGAAGGAAUUUGGCGAUUCAGGCCAACAAAUGGUUAACCGAAUUGAUAAUAUCAUUAAACCCCGCAACAAAGGACUAUUUUUGACUCCUUAUGAUUCUCAUUCUUUAACGUUUACAAAAUCGCUUGUUCACAAAAUCACAUUGAAGCAAGCGCAAGAAUUCUCUACUAAUGCCUCGAAAGAUUCGCCUGGUUUUGCACUUUCUGUACAUCAAGAUGGAGAUAAUGAUCUCUUCUUUGAAAUUAAGAUUUUGGAUUCAAGAGAACAACAACAACGCAAGAUUCGGUCGGCAUCUAGAAAUCCGGAGUUGAAACAUGCAGAGCCACCUAGAGAACGUAGGGCAAAAUACAGAAGGGAAUAA